UCUCUCGUUUCUGUUUGGGGUUUAGGGUUUUUUUCUUUUUCUGUCCUCCGGCACUUCUCCUACUCCUACCAGUGGUUCAAUCAAGGCACCAUGACUGCUGAACAGAAGGAAGAGCUUGCGUCCAAACUGGAAGAACAGAAGAUCGAUCUCGAUAAGCCUGAGGUCGAGGACGAUGAUGACAUUGAUGAGGAUGACUCGGAUGAAGACGAGGCAGAGGAACAAGACGGAGAGGCGGGUGUUAGGUCAAAGCAAAGCAGAAGCGAGAAGAAGAGCCGAAAAGCAAUGCUGAAGCUGGGGAUGAAACCCAUCCCAGGUGUUAGCCGUGUCACGGUGAAAAAGAGCAAGAAUAUCUUGUUUGUCAUAUCAAAACCGGAUGUGUUCAAGAGCCCAGCUUCAGACACAUACGUGAUCUUUGGCGAGGCAAAGAUAGAGGAUCUGAGCUCGCAGCUCCAGACACAAGCAGCUGAGCAGUUCAAGGCUCCGGACCUAAGCAACAUGAUCUCAAAGGGUGAGACAUCGGCUGCUGCAGCGGCAGCUGUGGCUCAGGAUGAUGAAGAGGUCGACGAAGAGGGUGUUGACCUUAAGGACAUCGAGUUGGUAAUGACACAAGCAGGAGUGUCCAGACCGAGGGCCGUGAAGGCGCUCAAAGCCGCUGAUGGAGACAUAGUCUCUGCCAUCAUGGAGCUCACUACCUAAACCGAAAUCUCCUCUACUCUUAAGACAUGGUUUUCACUUCGCUUUAUAUAUGCCAGGGAUUUGUGGCCAUAAAACGAGUCGAAAAGAAUUUUGGUAUCUUCUGUUUGAGUCAUGUUUCUUGAAGUGGUUUUGUCUUUGUUGUAUCCGUAUAACAACAAUAAGUUUGAUGAUUCUCACUUUGCUUUGAUAUGUUAAAAAGAGUUUUAAUACCGA